AUGGCUGAGGCUCAGGUUCCCACCUUCAAGCUGGUGCUGGUCGGAGAUGGCGGUACUGGCAAGGCAAGUCAACUCGACAACACAACACCCGAAGCCUUCCGGAAAGGCGACUUCACCACGUUCGUCAAGCGCCAUCUGACGGGCGAGUUCGAGAAGAAGUACAUGGCCACGCUCGGUGUGGAGGUCCACCCCCUCGGCUUCGAUACCAACUUCGGCAAGAUCCAGUUCGACGUGUGGGAUACCGCCGGACAGGAGAAGUUCGGCGGUCUCCGUGACGGAUACUACAUCAACGGCCAGUGCGGUAUCAUCAUGUUCGAUGUCACCUCCCGCAUCACCUACAAGAACGUCCCCAACUGGCAUCGUGACCUGGUCCGUGUCUGCGAGAACAUCCCCAUCGUUCUCUGCGGCAACAAGGUCGAUGUCAAGGAGCGGAAGGUCAAGGCCAAGACCAUCACCUUCCACCGCAAGAAGAACCUCCAGUACUACGACAUCUCAGCCAAGUCCAACUACAACUUCGAGAAGCCGUUCCUGUGGCUCGGCCGCAAGCUUGUUGGCAACCCUGGUCUGGAGUUCGUCGCCGCUCCCGCUCUGGCUCCCCCUACUGCCGUCGUCACCGAGGAGCUCAAGGCCCAGUACGAGGCUGAGCUCCAAGCAGCCGGCCAAGCCCCUCUGCCGGACGACGAUGAUGAUGACAUCUAA